CCCAGGAGGCCGAUGCCUGCCAAGAGGAGCUGGCCAUGAAGGUGGAGCAGCUGAAAGCUGAGCUGGUGGUCUUCAAGGGGCUCAUGAGCAAUAACCUGUCUGAGCUGGACACAAAGAUCCAGGAGAAGGCCAUGAAGGUAGAUAUGGACAUCUGUCGCCGCAUUGACAUCACCGCCAAGCUGUGCGACGUGGCUCAGCAGCGCAACUGUGAGGACAUGAUCAAGAUGUUCCAGAAGAAGCUGGUCCCAUCCAUGGGGGGGCGGAAGCGGGAGCGCAAGGCUGCCAUCGAGGAGGACACCUCCCUGUCGGAGAGUGACGGGCCCCGCCAGCCCGAUGGGGAUGAGGAGGAGAGCACAGCCCUCAGCAUCAACGAGGAGAUGCAGCGCAUGCUCAACCAGCUGUGA